AUGCGAAGUGCGGUGACGGCAGCGCAGGUUGCUCAGCGAUUGCGCCAGCCCAUUGGAACUGCGCAGAAUGGCGUGCAUCAUGUCGACGUGGCAGCAGAGCACUCACUGAUCCUGGGGCUGUGCAAGACCAUUCCUCGGCGACGGGCCUUCACCCACGAUGAACACUUCAAGGAGCUCUCCAUCGCCCUCUGCGAGCACCGCCUCCUCGUCUUUGCCGUGCAAGAAGAGGACGUCCUUCAAUCACGCCGACAGCAGGUCGCCGAGGAGCAUGCCCAUGGCACCAACCCAAAUCAGGAGCGCGGGACAACAGCAACCACUGCAUCAGCAACCACCACCACAGCAACAACAACAUCAACACCAUCAACAACAUUAGGCACAGCAAGAUCAGCUGCGCCUCCACACCACGGUGGCGAGCCCAAAGUACUGGUCACCGAUGCCGCCGUGUGGUACCCGUACAUCCUGCUGCUGCGGCUCUUGCUGCGUGACGCUGCGCUUGUGGCAAUGCUCAUGGCCAAAUUCCCCGACCUGUGUGCUGCGGUAGCAAGCCUUGCCUUGUACUUCUGCAGCCCUGCGCUGUGGGAUGAGGAAGCAGACAACGACCUUCUCUCGUCCGCCAACCACAGCAACGCCGGCGAAGAUGGCGGCGACCAAAGCGACCAUGAUGACACAUCGCGGGGCAGCACGUCCUCCACGGCUGCAUCGCUGCUGGGGAACCCGCGUGUUGCGCAACAGCGGCUAUGCGUGGAGCUGGCAGCAGCCGUGCAGCGACUGACAAAGCACCCCGACAGUGUGCUGACGUUUAUGGACGCGCGUGUGGACCACGCCCUGGUGCCGCUGCUUGCGCAUGCGGACGGUGAUGUCGUCAUGUCCGCCGCACACGCCCUGCUUGCCCUUGCCCUCUCCGGCACCGCCGCCACACGCGAGGUGAUGGCGUCAUCAAGUGCCGUCUCCUUGUGCCUGCAGGCACUGGACCGCGCGCAGGGGGAGCAGCAGCUGGCACUGCUGCGGCUCCUCCUCUCCCUCUCCGACCAGGCAGCAGCACGCAAGGACAUGGUCUUGUACGACGCGCUUCGCCUGUUCACGCAGCUGCUGCAGGUGGUUGACUUGGACGUCAGGCUCGCCGUUGUCGGCUGCAUCGAGAGGCUGUGCGCAGACUUUGAGGACGAGGUGCGGCUGAGUGGGCUCAUUCCGCAGCUGGCAAAGAUCCUCGCAAACUACGUGCACGAGCUUGGUGAUGGACGUGACCAGGGUGGCGCUGACAGCGCGGGUGAGCGUGACGAUGGCGAUGCUGGUGGUGGUGCUGAAGGUGGUGAUGUGAGAGAUACAGCAGGCAGUGGCAGUGGCGGUGUUGGCAACAGCAUUGGCGAAGGCGGUGACUUCCACAUCCCCGUGUCAUCAUCCACCAUCACAUCGCUGCCACCGCCCAUCGCCCUAGCGUCCCCCGCCAAGCACUCAGCGCUCCGCUGCGCAGUCAUGUCUGCCCUGACGGCGCUGUGUGUGCAAGAGAUUGGUGCUGUGCAGGUGCAGGAGUGCAACGUCAUCUACGUUGCCUCUCGCCUGCUGGUUCACCCGGUUGUCGAAGCGUACAAGUCGGGUGCGCUGCCUUCGCCGUCCGCUGCUGGCGCAUCUCGCCCCGUCACGCCGGCAACCGCCCGCAUCCUUGGCCUCCAGGCAGCCAGCAGACCCACGACAGCAACCAGAGGCAAGUCUGGCCACGACGCCACCCCUGCAACAAGCACAGACAACAACAACAACAACAACAACAACGCAACUGCUGGGGUUGGGCAUGCGUUGCAGUCAUCACGAGCGACUGGUGCGCCACCAGGCACGCCGCGUCGCAACAGCCGCGUGUACCGGCCACCAACUCAGACGCUGCUGGAGCAAGGCUGUGCCAUGCGGCUGCUGCGGUUUCUGUUCAGCGCCGAGCGCAAUCGCCGCUACUUCAAGCGGCUCUUCCCGCCAGACCUCUUCUCGUGGUUUAUCGACGUCGGGCACUACAAGCCCGGCAUGCAAGUGUACCUGCGCCUUGUCCGCCACCUGUAUCGCAUGACGCCAACAGCGGUGCAGCGGUUGGAAAGGGCGGUUGAGGACACAAACGUCAACAAGCAGCCGAGCAGGCACGUGCUCAAGUACGGCCUGCUGGAGAAGCUUGGGGAAGGUUCAUUUGGCUGCGUGUACCGGGCCGUGCGGGCUGACACGGAGCACAUGUACGCUGUCAAGGAAAUUCCAUUGCGUAACCCUGCCCUCUUUGGCCAGACGGACGGGGAGCAGGCAAAGGCCAUCCAACGCAUCGAGAAUGAGGUGAAGAUCAUGCAGGGCGGGCUGCGCCACCCAAACGUGGUGAAGUACGAGACGUCGUUCGUGCUGACCAGCACGCUGUUCAUUGUGAUGGAGAUGGUGGAGGGGGCGUCACUGCAGGACCACUUCAACGCACUUGUGGAGAAGCAGCAGACCAUGGACGAGCGGAGGGUGUGGCGCAUCUUCGUGCAGAUUUGCAACGGCAUCCACUACAUGCACCGCGAAAAGCGUGUUGUGCACCGGGACCUCUCACCCUCAAACGUCAUGCUCGGUUGGUAUGACAAGGUGACGAUUGUCGACUUUGGCCUCUCCCGCCAGCGCAACACGGGCAACACGCUGAUGGAAUCGUCAGUGGGCACGCUGUCGUACUCGUGCCCUGAGAUUGUCACCAACCAGAAGUACAACGACAAGGCAGACAUCUGGGCGCUUGGCUGUCUGUUGUACCAACUGGCAACGCUCCGCCCCCCGUUUGCCACAACCAACAUGCUCGCACUCGCCAAACGCAUCGUCGAGGGCACAUACGACCCGAUCCCUUCCACCCGCUCGGAGAUGCUGCGCGAAACCGUCUCUGUCUGUCUCACACCAGACCCAGACCUCAGACCCGACAUCACAGAGGUAUGCCAGGCGAUUGGCCCCGCCAUCAUGGUGGAGCUUGAUGUUCUAGCGCGAACAAUGGAGGUGAAGGACAGGAUGAUUGAGCGCGAGCGAACCCUCAAGCGCCGGUUUCGCCGCGACGCCAAAGCGGCCAAGGUGGCCAUGGAUAGGCUGCUCACUGCAUCGCAGCGCACAGACGAGGACGAGCAAGCCGAAGAGGAGGAGGAGGAGGACGUGGAGGGGGAGGAGGUGGUGGUGGGCGGACGUGGGGGCGGUGAUGAUCGAAAUGCGUUUCGCCAGAACUCAACAAGCGCGUUUAAUGCGGUUCGGGCUGCGGGGCGGGGUACUGAUCCCAACGCAGGACCAGCAGGUGAACGCAACGGCGCCCGUGACGGAGAAGCGGGUGUGCACGAGCAGCUAUGGCGAACGGACACAGAUGGCGCUGUGGAGACUGAGCAAAGAGCAGGCAACCAACAUGAGGCAGUGGCGAGUCAACGCAAAGUGGGUGAUGAUAGUUACAACAACAACAGCGAUGAUGAUGAUGGUGAUGACAGCGAGCUGGAGGAGGAUGUGUUUGGCUCACCCACAGCAACGCAGCGGCUGGCGCGAUUUGAGGCGUCACGGCGGCGGCAGCACCGCAUCGGCAGCAGACACGUUGUGCACAGCGCGUCCACCUCUGCGCUGCUGGACCCGCGGGCGAGGGCGGGGCUGCGGCGGCACGGGCGAAGACGCGAUCGCAGUGAUGGCACUGAUGGUGACGGUGAUGGUGACCGUGGCAGCGGCCCGCUCGGCAGCUUGGCGGAGAUUGGCGCCAUGCUGCCUGCCCAUGACGCAACGUCUGAGGAACAGGGUUCACGCACGCGACAACAACAGCAGCAGCACCAAUCAAGACGCACUCCCUCUGGGCGCCAGCGCACAUCGACGCGACCGUCGUGGCGGCAGGUGUCGCCGUCGCCCUCUGGCAACGCAACGCCACGUGUGCGAAGUGCGGCGCGUGGGCGGCCAAGCAGCAGCACGGCGCCUGCAGCCGGCAUCAUCCGGUUGCCUGCAAGCAAACUCAAGCCCGUUGCAGACCCGAUUGUGCUGCUGCUGACGCAACUGAAGAAGGUCAUGUUUGUGUGCAUGCAGGCACCGGAGUCUCGAGCAAACCCUGCCCGCCACGUUGUUGUGCGGUUCCAGCAAGUGCUGUUCCGACCAACAACGAGCAGCGCGGCAAUGAAGGACCACCUGCACAAGUUGCAGCACGCGGUGCCAAGCACCAUCGUCGACAUUGACUUUGGCAUGGCGGGGCGGGUUGCACGGGAGAUUGCCAUGCGCAGCAGCACGGAGGCGGCUCGCGCCCUCUCGCGCCUGCAGCGACAGGCCCUGUUCUCCUCCUCUUCAUCUUCAUCGGGCGCCAACGUGCUUGCAGGCACGCCGAGCGCGACUGCGAACGUCGGCUCGGCUGCAACUGCAACUGCACCCGUGACGGCACAGCGCGUUGCGCCAACGCCCAUGCGCGCUCGUGGCGGAGCAGUGGAGCAGGGUGGUGGCGGGGGCGGCAGUGAUCAGGACAACAGUUUGCAACGCGGAGCAGCAACCAGCGAUGCCAAUGAAAGGACAGGCGAGGCUGGCGGAGCGGACCUGACGUCCAGCAGCAGCCGUGUUGGUGAUGUCGGUGGUGAUGGCGGUGGUGUUCAGCAUCGCGACGACGGGGCGUUUCUCGUGCGUGUGCCGUCCAUGGAAGAUGGGACGCGGCUGACGUCUGACGCGUUUGUGGCGCGAAACACGCUGACAUACCAGCAGUUGCACCGCAUCAUUGAGCUUGAGUUGCAGCGCUGUGGAUAUUACGACGCAGGAAAGCGCACAGGCCGGACGAGCAGGGCGAGCAGAAGUUCACACCGCUCGGUGGGGGCAGCAUGA